AUGUGCCUUGGUUCGCGGCUUUGCGCCGCCGUUAUGAGCCUCGAAACCGUUUCGUCCACAUCGACGACAACGCCGGGAGUCGCCCUCGAGUAUCUCGAUCCAUGCUCGGCGCAGAGAGAUGCCCACAUCGCGGCCGAGGAGGCAUAUGUGAGAGCCCGGAACCGCACGAUGGCUGAACCGCCGCUUUUCCCCCUGACGCCGCGCCUGUCGUCCCAGCGCCACCGUCGACAGGCGACGAUUAGAGAUCAGAAUGAAGCGCAGGAUCUUCGUCGACGUCAGAGCGUUCGUUUUAUGGGACCGUGUUCGACACCAGCCGAAAGUCAGGGAGUACGCCGUGACCACAGCUCUGAUGAGCUGAACCGAGCGUGCGUGGGAGACACAGGAAACAGCCGUGAAAGAAGCAUUCAACAUGCAGGCGGGAAUGGCGAUCCGAAUGCUGAAAGCUCCAGCUCGCUACAAAGUGUGGGAGCCCCAGGGCCCCUGUCCAAGACCGCGACAAACUAUCUUGAUGCCCUCGCGGCCUCCGAGGAUUAUUACACGCCUGAAGACGAUGUUGCGUCUGCCCCUUCAUCAUACCGGCGUCUUCACAGAACUAGGUCCAUGUAUACCGAUCCUCCGCGAAUGAAUAGCUUUCACGAAGCCUACCAAGAACAGUCAGCCAACACGUCGCUCAAGUCACGGCCAGCGUCUACAUCUAUGUCUCGCAGGCUAUUUCGAUCGGACCCCAGCGCCACCAAAUCUCCACGCGAAACUCCGGUUCUUAGGGCUCCCAGAUCGAUGAGCUUUUUGAGCACACGGCGGUCUCGAUCGCAGCUCGGUAGCCAACACCGAGAGAGUACGCUGGACUCGGGUGCUUCUGAGUUGGCCGAUGUUCCAGAAUACGGAUCAUUUGCAGAUGAAUCCGCGACAAUGCGAAUCAAGCGCAGGCCAUCCUCUUUCUUUGGUUCCUUGAACCGUCACUCGAACUUCCGAACGCGCCGAUCACUUCGGGACAGUAGCCCAUCGCAGUCUGUUGCGGACCUGAACAAUCACCCACAAGAUACCCCUGACCAGUCAGACACAUUGAAGUUCAAGGCUCGAAGGGCUUCGAGAUCCCUGAGGAUUAAGCUGAGAGGCAUGUUUUCCAGCACCAAGUCAGACGAUGAACCCCUAUCGAUCCCUUCUCAGCACAUCGAAUCCCGCCGAACGCGUGUCGCUGGCAUUUGUCCUCUGAGCUCCGACGAGGGGCCAGCAGACGGAGACGAAAAGAUUCUCUGUAACCCGGCGGCCAAGACACCUAUCAUCCAUUUGGGAAUGCCCCAGACCGCUCGCUCCAACCAGGCAAGCCUAGAAAAUCUCAGCUUCGAACAAAUCCGCAACAUCUCAGACGGUUCGUCCUUGACGAGCUGGGUACACUCGGGGCCCAGCUCUCUUACCAGCCAAGAGCAACAACAGUGGAGAGAAUGGGAGAAGCAGCGCCUCUCUGUUAUUGGAGAGAACGGCGCCCAUAUUCCCUCCCCAUCGAUCCGGAGACGGACACUCGACCCCGGUCUUUUCAAUCCGCUGAGAGGGGGGCCCGAGAAUGGCGAAUCGGUGGCUGGGCCGGUGGUGGACAGUCAGCGGAUUUACUCGGCCCUUGUUAAGCGAAUGAAGUCACUGGACUCCCGAGAUGAACAAGAAAAUGAAGGUGGGACUCAGGGGUUAGACGACACGCCAGACACGAUUCGGUCUGUCAUUCCGGAGAGAAAGUAUGCGGCCUCUAGCACCACAUCUACACCAACACGAGCGCCCAGAAGGGCCACCUUAACCCAAAACACUGUUGAUGAAUGGGGAAGGCGAUCAGCCACCCCUCUCGCCAGCGAUAAGCUGGCUCAUGAAAAGGUUGGCCCGGAUUCACAACUAGGGACUACAGCCAGUCCGGCAUCCCAUCUUUUCAGGACAGAAAGUCUGUAUCGCCACGCGCUUGGCAAGUCUAUGCAGGAAGAGCAAAAGGCCUGGGGACAAUACGGUUCUACCGCUGAUGAAGACUCGGAUAGCGGCACGCAAGUUCAUCACUCGGUUGGCCCCCACACGCAAACCACCGACUCGGAUUCGGCCAAAGAUCUGGAUUACUCCGAGAGCGUGUAUUCUUCAGACGAGGGCGACCAUGUCUCAAAGACUAGGACGGUGGUCAGGGGGCCUCGGAAGCAGAACAUGACGACGGACACACCGGCUCUAUACCGCCGCCAAGCAAGUCAUCGCGAAGCGUCGAUGGUGAGCUCAGCCGAGUGGAAAACUUGGCUGUCCGCUAAUGUUGACAAGUUCGAACCGACCCUGUCCCCAAAAGACCCAACCACGUUCAGGGCCAUGUCCCCCGCGACAAGUCGCCGGCGCUCACUUCACGGCCAUGUCCGCGAGCAAGCCCAGAUCCAUGACGACACAGAUUGGGAAGAUGAAGAAGAGGCUGGAGAGGGAGAUGACGUGUUUCAGUCCGUCGUUGUCUCUUCUUCCCGAGGGGCCCGGAAUACCACUGCAACAACUGCUGUUGCUGCUGCCACUGCUUCUACUUCCACUACAAUCAUCCCAGCUACCGCUCUUGCCGCAUCGAUUACUACUGCUGCGGCUCACAACGGUGCUGCGCCUCUGGGCCGUGUCGAACCCAAUGUUGUCAAGCAACCAAGCGAUGGAAACACGCGAUCCAGUCAUAUCAAAAAUGAGAACGAGAGCCCAACUCGACCGACUCGACCUCCUCCACCCCCGCCGAAUUUACGUAGUCGAACCCCGCCGAUCCCACCUAGAAGCAAGCUGAGACCGGAACCGUUGCGGAUUUUAGCAAGGUUGGCGGAGUAG